GUUUUCUAUUUUGCGAAGCCCAAUGUUGCGCUUCAGCGCCCAUUUUUUGGACAAUUUGGAGUAUAAAACUUUGCCAUACAGAUAUGGACUAUGCAUUCUAUUGGUUAUAAUGUGUGAGGACAUAACCACAACGUAAGACACAACUGCAACGCCACUCUACCCUUUUUACCAGAAAUGGAGAAUCAAAGCGAGAAUCAGACGUCUACUUCGACAAACUCUGGAGUGCCAGUAGAACACACACAAUCCGAUGGCUCACAGGUAACAAGAAAUCCUGAGAAAACAACUUUUUGAUUAGUGACUUUUUGUCGUCUCCGCAGUAACUAAAUUGAAUCACUGUGAUCAUUAGCCUUCCAAAGGCUUGCGAAGUGCAUUUAAACGUGUCAAUAUGUACAAUACAACACAGUACUAUCACCCUAAGUCGUAAUAUUUAUUUUUUCUUUGUUUGUUUGAUUCUUGUAAGCUCCCCACUGCUUCAGCUGCAAGUGGGUCGAAGGAAAGCGACACCGAUCAAGUGUCAAACAGGUAAGUUGCUUGGAAAAAAUUAAGCGUAUCUUUUUUGGUGGAUUUCUGCCACAUACUCAUUUUGUUUCACAACACUUAGCCUUUUAACCCCCACGAUCUGAUUGUAAAUUCCCCCUUUAGCUACUACACGUUUCCUGCACUUUUAAAUAACUUUCAACAAUUUAGUGUUGGAUGAGCACAACAAUUUGUACCUGAUUAUAACAGAGUAUUCUCAUUACUUUUUUGCUGGAUAAUGUAUAUGAUACUGUAGAGAGAAGUUGCAGGUUAAUCACUUCUGGGAGUUGAAGGGUUAAAGGAUAAGUUUAAACUAAUAAUAAAUUCAGGUAAACUUAAAAUGUGAUAAAUUUCACAAAAUGAUAUCUUUUGCCAUUUAUUCAAUUAUAUUGAGCUACUUUAAGGUGAAACGUGGCAUAGAAUUGGAAAAUAGUGAAAUUUGGCUCGUUCUGCCAAAGAAAGAUUUGGAUUCCAGCAGCUAAAUUUGAUAAUUUUGCAAACCAAACUUGUAUAAGCAUAAGAUACUAUUUUGUGCUGUUUUUUAAGGCUAUAUAUACAUUAAUUGUUCUGCGGAGUUGGAUGUUUACCAUAAUUGUGGAUCUCUUUGUGACUUUCCAGAACUUGGCUUUUGAGAUAAAAGCAACCUUGCAUUGCUGCAAGACCAAUAAUUACAAGUUCCCAACCAUGUUUCAUCUGUAUAUUAAGUACUUUAUACACAAGUUGGCCAUAGGUCUUGAUUAACCAUGAAAUAUAUAACAAAAUCUAUUAAUUAGCCUGUCACCUUGUGUAAGGUUUAUUGUGAUAUUGACAUUGCCUAAUUGUCUUCAAAUAUCACAAAAUUAACUACAAAUCACUUGGAAAUAACUCAGUACAGUCUUGUAGCUGUAUUUUAGUGUGUACUGCCUGUUUUGCACUUAUUGACAUUUUUAAUAAACAAUUAAAUUACAGUGGCUGAAAAUAAUUAUAUGUCCUCAAAGGAGAUAUAUUGUUGUCAGCAGAGAUGGAAAUUGUUUUUACCAAGUUGUUGCUCUUAGAAGAGAUGAAACAGAAUGAGAAACAUAAGGGGAUUAGUCAGUCAAGUUCUAGUUUGUUUCAGAAAAAUCCCAAGGUUUUUGAGCUGCCACUCUUUGCUAUUUUCAACUACAAAUACAGUCACUGUCUCUUCAACACUAAAAUUUUCUACAGUGAUUUUUUUGGCUGAUCUGACUUACUAAUCAUGGAAGUUUACUGUAACUGCACAAUUCCUUUUAAUGCUGUGCUCGGUAGCCAACAUAUCUCAUGGAAUCACAAUAGGCAUCUUGUUAAGAUUAAUUUCUUAUUAAUAUCUUUAUUUGUAUGCCAUGUAUGCUGAAAGCAGAACAUAUAUUUUUUGGUUUAAUUGAAAAAUAAUAUGUAUCAAACCUUGCUUAUUUUAGUACUUCUCACAGUAUUAAAAUAGUUCUUCUAUCCAUCUGGGUGAAAAACAAAUGGGAUUGAAAUUAAACUAUUUUUUUUAGUUAUAAAUGCAUUAGUGAAUUUUUGUUUUAUCAAAUUUUUGUUUAAAGAAAUCUAUUAUAACAUGUCACAAAUUAGUUUUGUUGAUUUUGGUAAAUGAAAUAAUCUGUUCUUUUUGUAUCAAAUUAUGGCACUCAUGUACCGUGUAUUGGACAAACCCACAGCCAUUUUUAAGCUAGUGUUAUACCUCAAUCAGAUAGAGAUGCAAUUAACAAAAUAUUUAUCACUAUUUUUGUUGUUUGUUUUUAGCCCUGGUGAUGUUGUAGCUCCUCUUGGCGCUGGUGUAAUUGGGGAUUUGGACUGUGAAGAGGACACAAGACAACAACCACAAGUUAACGGAAGUCAACUUCCAGGUAUUUGAAGCUUUAUGAUGCUGAGAGACACAAAGCCUCCAUCGCUCAUUUCCCUUUCUGCAGUUCUCCUCCAAGUUUUGAGUGAGAAACAUAUGGGAGUCCCUUCUCCAGGGAGACAUGAUUGGAAAAAUUAAUAA